AUGCGAGCUCUGACCCUGGCAGGUUGUCUUGGCGAGUGGACUGGUUAUGCAGCAAUUCUGGGUGCCGGGCUCUCCUCAAAGACCAAGGAUUCAGCAAAGGCUGCCCAAUUUCUUGAGCGGGCCAUACGGAACUUCACCACAGAGAUGAAGGCAUUGUCCGCUAUUGCCCAGGGCGAGAACGAACAAAGCAUUACUUUGCCUAAGAGAUUCGUCUUCCGGCAGAUAGACUGCAGAAUUCAGGCCCUCGCGGAUCGUAUUCGCACUUGUGAGAAGCUUCGGAAGAAGAGUCCAUUGUCUUUGGACUUGGCAUCUGUUGAUGAUCUCAGUGCCGACUCCCAAGCGGCAUUUGGUCAGCGUGCUUUCCUCCUGGGCGAUGCCUAUGCCUGGGCGCUCUUUUCCACCACACUCGUGGUGCAAGGUCAGCAGCCCACGGUCGAUGACUUCAUUCCAUACCUGUACGGACGAGGGCUGUGUGCAUGGAUGAGGCACAUGGAUUCCCACUUCUGCCUCGAUGAGGCCAUUGAUGUGGUCGUUCCUGACCGCGCAUUCUAUCUGGUCGAAACGCAACGAGAGCGGCUAUGUGGGCUCCACGUCGUGAACAACAUGCUCGGGGUGGUCCUCUAUGCCCGGGAGGACUUCGACCAAAUCGCAGAAGACUUCGCAGCUCGAAACGGUAUCGACCGGAAGUGCUUCUGUGAGAGCGACGGGUAUUACAGCGUCGAGGUUUUAAAGGAAGCGUUGGGGCAGCGCGCUUUGGAUUUGGAUGACCUGAGCUCAGCCUCAUGCAGUGUUUUUGCGCGCGCAGAUGAGUUUGUUAUUUUCCUGCUGGUGGCAACAGGUGCGCUGCUGGUACCGAAGCAUGAAUGUAAGUGGGAAGCGGGCAGAGGCAGUGCAUGA